UUGGCGCUGGCAGUGCUGGCCACCCAAGCAAGCGCCCAGCUUGGCGGAGAGCCCGAUGCUUUACCAGUCAAAUCUGACCUGCCUUACAUUAGAUGUGGAGUCUGUGAAGCGGUGGGCAAAAACGCCUACAGGCAAGUCAAGUCCGCCAGGGAUGCCCUCAAGCCCGGAAAGAAGCUGGAGGAGCUGGUGAUUCUGGAGAUGGUGGAGAAGAUGGGGGACCCAGCCAAGGACGAGGGGGAGUGGAUCGCCAAGAUAGACCUGGUUGAGGACGGCAAGAAGCUCAAGCUGGUGGAGCAUGAGGAGCUGGGCAAGUGCCGCGAGGAGUGCAAGACCGUCCAGCGCGCUGCGCAGGAAGUGCUGUCCGACCACGACACCGACAUUGCAGAGAAACUGUGGCAGGGCAAGAUGAGCCGCUCGCAGUUCAGCAACUGGCUGUGCUACGACGUGACAGGCGCAUGCAAACAGAAGCCGCCGCCGCUGCCCAAAGACCGGGCACCCGGGCAGGCAUUCCAGGUCAUCGACCCGGAGGAGGCCCAGAUGCAGAAGAUGAUGGCCGGCAUGAAG